CGGUUUAUCAACAGACAAGACGUCGACGCAGACUAGACCGGCUGACUGAGCUGAGCUGGGCGGCUCGAUCUCUUCUGUUUUAUUUUCUUACCCUUGCAGCCACAACUUAAUAGAUUUCCAUUCUUCAAAAGAGAUCCAGUCCUUAAACCUGUAUAAAAUCAACCUACAAGCAAGAUGGCCGCCCCUACUACUACGAGGAAGAAGAAGGGCUUUCACAUUGACGAGGCUGAGCUACUCUGCAAGAAAGGCUGUGGGUUCUAUGGCACCGUUGCCUGGCAGGGCUACUGCUCCACAUGCUGGCGGGGGGAAUGCCAAGUCAGUCGACAAGCUCAGAUCGAGAGUGAUGCACUCUUUGCCAAGAGGCUCUACGAGAGUGAAAUGCAGCAGUCAGGGCCCCCCUCUACCCUGGCGAUCACCCCGGACCAACAAGCCUCCAACGACCCCACCCACAUGGCCCUCACGUUCCCCCCUCGAUCUCCCAAACCUGAGCAGCCCCCAUCCCCAGCAGGCCAGCAAGGGGUGGUGUCCCCGGGAGGUGCCCCCACCCAGGGGGGUCAGAACGAGACGCUGACCUUUGACAAGUUUGAAGAGAAACGGAAGCAGAGGCAGAACAGCAAAACAAAGUCCAUGAAGACUCUCUUCUCGAAGGGUGGCAAGACACCAAGCAGAGCAGAGGGCGCCGCUCAAGCUCCCCAUGCGCGGCUCGAGAAGCAAAUCAGCAUGGAAAGCCAGCGCGCCAUGGGCGACUUCAUGGAGUUCCUCAAGAUACUCAACAGACCCGCUGCCCAGGAUCUCAACAAGCAGUGCAGGGCGUUCGUUGAGAGACUGCAGAGGGAUUCCAAUCUGUCGGUGGAAGAGCAAGCAGAGCUGGUCCAGGACUUCUACCACAGCAUGGGGGAUAGGAUGAGCACCCACAGUGCCUUCAAAGGCAUCUCCGAGUUCUCAGAAACAAGUAGAUUUCCCUCUGAUUUUCAAGAAGCACCAGACCAAGGUACGACCUCGGAGCAGUGUUCCACCAUGAUGGACCACCUUGAGAAGGUCAUCAUGACGCGGCUCUACCGCGACCUCUUCUGCCCUCCGCUGUCCGACGAUGAACAGAAGGACCUGGCCAUCCAGAACCGGAUCCGUCGUCUGCGCUGGGUCAUGCCCUCCAUGCUGGAUGCUGCCCUCAACGAGGAUAAUACGAAUGUGGAGAGGCUGAUAGAGAAGGCUCAGGAAGAGCUGAUCGACAUGAACAGCAAGAGGGCGCCGAUCGACAAGCUGUGCUGCAUCGUACGGACCAGCAAGCUUAUCUUCCAGAUGGUUCACCAGUCCCAGGGUGCACCGGCUAGCGCUGACGACUAUCUACCGGUCCUGAUCUACAUGGUCCUCAAGGCCAACCCUCCGCAGCUGCACUCCAACAUCCAGUACGUCUCCAGGUUUGCCAAUCCCAACAGACUGAUGCAGGGAGAAACAGGCUACUACUUCACUAAUCUGUGCUGCGCUAUAUCUUUCAUCGAGAACCUUGAUGCCCAGUCGCUCUCCCUUACCCAAGAGGAGUACGACGACUACAUGUCUGGCCGUGCCGUGCCACCGGGCAGCGAGCGCAACACGGAACCCAUCUGCGAGGGCCUGCGCAUGAUGUACGCCAACCUCUCAGCCCUGGAGGACCUUCGCAUCCGACAGGACAGCCUGAUGGAGAACGCCCUGGACCUGCAGAAGGAGCUGACCGCCUGGAGGGACGGCGUGGUGGACAGGGUCCAGGAGGUACUCACCAGUAAGCCUCUGGUGGUCAAGAGGUUCAAGGUUCCGAGACUGGACGAUGAUAUCACUCAGGAGGACAACAAGGACUUGCCCUUGCCCCUUCAGCCGGUCGUUGUACCCAUGAAACCAAUAGCAUAAGGAUUUUGUAGAAUGUCUAGAGCUCUAUAGAUGAUGCGUGAAAGGAUCCGUGUGGAUGGGUACCAAAUACCUUUGCACAUUCAAAUGAUGGCAACAGUUUAAGGAUUUUAUAAAAUGUCUAGAACUGCAGGUGAUGGAUUGAAGGUAUCAAAAGCCUUCAUUCUUUCGGCAGGUUGUUGUACCCAUUACACCAACAGCAAAAAGGAGUUUAUACAGUGUCUAGAUGUAUGCCCUUACCCUUUCAACCAGUAGUUGUACACAUGAAGCUGACAGUGUAAGGCUUCCGUAGAAUGUCUCAAGAGUUGUAUCUAGAUCAUCAGAUGAUGUAGGGAAGGAACCUGUGAGGACCGAGUAUCCCUGUCCCUUCAAUGGCUAUUCAUACCCAUGAAGCUGUAUGUGUAAGGACUCAUGUAGAACAUCUAGCACUGUUGAAGAUGUGUUGAACUACUGUCACCAGGAGAGGUAUCAAAUGCCCCUUGUCCCUUCAACCUGCAGUUGCUCACAUGCAGCCGACAGCGUAAGGAUUCUUUAAACUGUCAAGACCUUGGUCACGUAUGGAGGGAAUCUUCCCAAGGAAAGAUAUUUCACCCAUGAAACAAGACCAUGUGAUGAUGCUGCAGGAUGUCUAGAAUUGUGUGUGUGAUGUAUGGACAAAAUCUUAGCAGAUACAAUUUACGUAUCAAGUGCCCUUGCCCCUUACACCAGUGGGGUGUUUUACAAAGAUCCCAGGUCAAACUUAAAUCUAAGUUGGACUUAAAUAUUAUGGAGAGCCAUUUGUAGCCUUAAAAUAAGUAUUUUAGACAAUUUAUAAAUUCCUCACCAAGAACAUGAAAUCUCCUUCAUAAUAAAAAAUAUGAAUGAUUUGAAUCAACAUUUUAUGCCUUUUAAAAUAACUUUGAAAAAAUAUUUUCAUAGAUGCCAACGGCUUUCCAUAAUUUUUAAGUCCAACUUAAUAGAGAAAAGUUUAACUUUGGAUUUUUGAGAAACGCCCCCCAGCAGUUGUUCUCUUGAAGCUGACAUCACAUGGAUUCUACAGAUUCUAGAGUCAUAAAAGCUUUUGACGAUGUGUGGAAGGAAGCAUUUUGGAUGAGAUAUCUGAUGCCCUAACCCCUUCAGCCAUUAAAGUGUACUCAUGUAGCAAACUAUGUAAGGCUUGCUUAGAUUAGAAUGUCUAGGAGCUUUAGAUGUUGUCCGGACAGAACCUGUAAGGAAAGGUAUCAAACGCCCCUCAAUUUGUCAAUAGUUGUUUGUACCCAUGUCAGAGGCCAUGUGUAAUGAUGCUUUAGAGGCUAAAUGUGUGGAAGAGACCAGGUGCCCAUUUCACAAAGCCUUUUUUCAAUGACCAAAUCACAAAAAUCAGUGACAAAUCUGCUGAUAACCAAUCAGAAGCAGGGAUUUCAGUUGCUCAUAACAAAAACUGUCAUUUGUCACCAAUAACCCCCCCCCCCCCCUGAAAUAGAAUUUGAGCAGGAAUCUGAUGAACAAGAUCUCAGGUAGACAUGGGGCAGUCUUGAACCCUGAAAUGAUGAUCCCUAUCAGCAGCUCCUUAGAGAAGCUUUCCUGUGAUAUCACAGGAGGCGUGAUAGCUCAGUCGGUAGAUCAGUGGUCUUGUAAUCUGGUGACCGGGUUCGAAACAAAGUCCAUGCGCUAGUGUUCUUUGGUAAGGCAUUAAUCCCAUUACCAGGUCCCUCAGAGAGGACCUAAAGCCAUCGGCCGUCUGGUUGCUUACUAACAAGCAUCACAUGUCUUGGGAUAUGUGACGGGAAAAUAUAAGGUGGAGGAGAUAUGUCUGCCAGAAAGAUUGAAAGAAGAGUAUUGAAGUAGAGGAAGAUAUAGAGAUAUCUUUCGUAAAUGGAUGAUGCAGUUUGUUAAAGAUGUUCAUGCAUGGGUAUAUAGACGUUCAUGAAGUAGGCAACUUGGCGAUCACUACAUAUUAAACACUGAGCCAACAGGUAUUACGCUCCUGUGCGUACGUCCGUCCGUGUGCUGCCCUCUAUAUACCCAUGCAUGAGCAACUUUAAAGUACCACAGAACUACUAACAAAAGAAUCAAGAGUUUUGUUCAGUAUGAUGUCAGUUCGUGAAGUCUGCUGAAAAGUUAGGGUUGAUGUAGAGAUUAUAAUAUUUUGCAUCAACCCUUCAUAUGUCUCAUUUUCUACAUGCAUUUGUAAAUGUUCUCAUUUGUAAUGUCUACCGUAUAAUAUGGUACAUGUAAAAUGUAAAAACAUAGGAAUUGUAUUAAAAUCUUUCUGGAUAUUUUUUUCAAUUUCAUUUUUAUUUGCUGAAGUAGGUUGCAUAAUGACCCCCAAAAAAAUAAUAACUGAAUCCCCCAACCGCAUAGCUCCUUAAAAUCUAUAAAUUCGUCGCUGUUUUCACGAAGUGACGGUAGUGAAAAAAAAUUGCAUUCACUUUGCGUUACGAUUUUCCUCACUACCGUCUCUUAGUGAAAACAAGGACGAAUUAGAGCAAAUGUACUUAACCCCAAUUUUAGUGAAUAGUUUUUUUAAUGAUAUUUGUAAGUGAAUUGUUAAGUAUUAUAAGAUAAUGAUAUUUGAUGCAUAGUAUUCUUAAGGUUGUAUAUUUGGUGAACUAACUGCACUGGAAUCAAAAGGAAAAAUACAGAUUAAUGUACAACAUGUAAGUUAUAUUUUACGGUUACCAAAAUCUCAAGUUGCACUCCAGAAAUAACAAUCAAUUUACUAAUCCUCACUGUUAAUGAUCAAAGUAGGGAAAAUAUAAACUUGAUUUAAGUUUCAUUAGGAAUAUAAUUAUAUGUUUGAGAUUAUCAUGUACAUGUAUUUCAUAUUUCUUAGCUAAUAAAUGUUAAUUUAUUUGUUACUGAAAGUGCUUCCAUUGUCAAAACGACAUUAGUAGGUACAACUUGGGUUUCCUUAGACCCCACUUAACCCUAUAUAGCCCGGGCUAUUUUGAAACUGCAUAGCCCGGAGAGAGCUUCUUAUUUCUUUUCCCUCUUUAGCUUUAAAACUAUGUUCCCUGACAUCCUCUGUAAUCUGAAAGCCCCAACAGUUCCCCAAAUCGAGCAUGUAUGAUCACGUAAAUGAUCGUGAAUUUCUCAACACAAUGCAAAA